GCUAUUUGCCAACAGUAGAAGAAGAAGAAGAAAAAGCGUUGGUUCCUGCCGGCUCCCUCGGAUGGUUAGGACUCAAGAAAGUGUUAAGUUGCUAAGAAUGGGUGCUACUGUACCCGAAGAGAUGGAAUUAAUUGAGAAACACGAGGAAAUCAGUUUAGGAAGGAGAGCACAGCUGCUGGAGCAGAUGGAGAGCCACAGAGAGCAGCUGCAGAUCCAGAGGAAGCAGCAGUUGAGGGAGUUUGAGGCUGCUCGCCACAGGAACAAUACACUGCUGCAGGAUUUACAGAAGAUAGAGGAACGCCUCAGAGGGAAACAGCUGCCCCAUCCAAAUCUCCUCGCUCUGGAGACAAAAUAUUGGGCGUCUGUGGAAGAGUCCACCCCGGCCUGGGAGCACUUCCUCCUGGGUAAAGGCCCACACCCCACUGACGACCCAGGACAGCCACCCAGGAGAGCCAAGCAGAAACCCGGCACAGCUAAAGACCAGGGCCUGCCUCCUCGCCCCAAACCCAGGUCUGCUAGAUAGAAACACCAAAACCUGGUGGGGUCAGGCCUGCAUCACCCUCCUCCUCCUCCUCCUCCACCUCCACCCAAGAAGAGAGACGGGAGAUUCCCCCCUCAGCUCUUCACCCUCCAGCUACACACAGAUAUGGAGGGACGGACGGACAGACGGAUGGAGGUCAGAGAGUGGAGUCUUUGACAACAGAUCAGCGAUGAGAGUUCCCUCCCUGCUCAGUUCCCAGCAGCCCCACCACUUCCCCUUCCAGCCACAAAGCACCUCCCCGGGCCCACCGUGCCCUUGACAUGCCAAGGCAGGCACAUCCCAGGGACAAGCUUGCUCGCCGCUGUCUUUAAGACAUUCUGAUGAGGUUUUGGUUGAGAAAGACUCGGGGUUGACUUUGUAAAAGAAUCUAAAUGAGGUGCAAGUGAAUGGCGCGGCUGUUCCAUUUGAAUCUUGUGUGUACGGCCCGCUUCUUGAGUGGCUCAUUUUCAUGCAUCACACCCUGGAUUCCUCAGUGCUCAGCCCCCCCCCCCCCCCCCCCCCAACCCAACACAUUCACUGCUAUGUUUUUAAGCCAAAGCAGGGUCACUGACACUUCUUUUCUUCAUCAAACAUGCAGCAGGCCUGCUCUUGAUAAGAAAUAUAAGAUGAUUUCAUUUCUAUGUCUGUAAACAUAAAGUCUCAUCAUUUCUAAAUUCCAUUGUGACCGCUUCCAUCCUCCAUCCUUUCAACCGCUUCUCAUUUAAAGCAGGAACGGAGCCAAGGAGUGAAGUGAAGCCACUGCUCAUUAACCCCUCAGUACUUUACAAUGAAUCCUGGAGGCUCAUUGUACCAAAGGGCCAGUGCUUCCCUAACGAGGGCCAGGGGGGUUCUAACAUCAGGGCCAGUCCAAGACUUUUAGGGGCCAUAGAAAGAUUUAGUUUGGUUUUAACUUUGCCAUUGUGCUAGCAUAAAAUAAAAAGAAAGAAAGAAAAGCCAUGAAUACAGGAAAACUUUUCUUUUCCUUCAUUUUCCCUUCUUUCCAUUCACCCUUCUUAAAAAGUUCAGAUAUGAAGAUGGAUGGAUAUUAAGUAUGAAGAUUGUUGCUGAACAUUAACAUGUUAAAACUGCAAUUUAAAGAAUCCAACAGUUAUUUUUGACUUUUUAAGCAGCUGGGAUAUCCUGUGUCCUACAAUGCUUCAAACAUUCCACCAUCAACAUACAACUGUUUAACACAAUGUUGUCUUAACCAUUUAGAAGUAUCCAUGCAAGAAUAUUCUAUAUUAUUAAAAAACCUUUCAAUAUCAUGUUCAUUAUCAUGUCCUCAGAAUGUUAAACAACGUAGAUCAAUAAACCUUUUGUGGAA